AAAAUAGCGAUUACUUAUUAUGAUGAUAGUACAUCGAAGAGUAUUGAAGACAUUAUGAAAAAAAGAAAGAAAAUAUUGAAGAAAAAGCACAAAGCUAUAAUAAGAGUCAUGCAGUACAAGUUGUACUUUUUGAUAUGAAGUUAAAAGAGCCUUCACUAUGUCUUGAUAGUGUAGAUUUAGUAAUCAUAACUGAUCAACCCACAAGUAAAGACGAUUUAACUCGUACUGAAUCCUAUUUUGGGCUUGAUAAAAGAGAAAAUCCAUUGCUUAUAAAAUAUUUGGUUGCACCUGGUACAUUGGAUUCAUACUACUGGCCUCUUAUACGACAAGAUUAAUAUAAUGUGCAUGCAUUCCUUCUUUAUAUACUUUACAAUAAAUA